AAUCCUUCUCAUAAUCGACCAAGAGUCUUUCCACUGUCCUUGAAAACUUGACACUUGACACUUGAAACUGAUGGUACAGCAAUGAUGAGUGGACAAAAGUCAAGACAACAGCUACAGGAAGCUUUGUGCCGCUACACCACAGAUACCCUCACUUACUUUGACACAGUGAGAGGAUUCUGUCAGCGGAUCUCGUCAUGGAUGGAUGCAAGGAAGACAGAGUUGAUCCACAUGAGGGACAUAAAGGACAGAGCUGACAAAAUUAACCUGAGCUUUAGCCAUGUUACCCAGUCAGAGAGCAAAGGUAAGGCUCUGGGAGAAUAUAUUAAGAACAAGGUAACUUCUGCAGACAGCAGCCGUGCAAAGCUGCAGAAAGAGUUGGCGGAUGUGUUAAAGUCCACUCUGGGAGGUCUGAAGAAGCUCGACCACUUCCUGGAGGCAGUGGAGAAGUUGGCGGUCACCUCACUUCAUGUGUUCAUGGACGAGAACCAGAUGUUAGACCUGCCCAAAGGAAUCAGCCUUGAACAUGUUCAGGUUGUCAUCAUCGCUGCACAACAAAUCUGCCCUCUCCUCCUCGAGUUCAAAAGAGAUGCAAGUGUCUUCUUCCUCCCCAAACUUCACAAUGUGGAAGUGCUUUUAUACCAGCUGCACAAAUACACAGAGACCACCUGGAUAAUCUGUGAGAAGUUGGAGAAAAGUCAACGUCUCCUGAUAAUGACGACGACAACUCUGGCAGACCUCGGUGUAAAUUUGUCUGAAGAUGACGCACAAAGAAUUCUUUGUCACAUUAAUCAGCAAGUUGAACUGGGACUACUAUUUCAGAGAGCGACCACAAAACUUGUUGUGGACCUUGAUGUGGAUUUGUCUGAAGAUGAAACACAGAGGAUGCUUGGUCACAUUAAUCAGCUUGAUGAAAUCAGGAUGGACCAGAACUUCAGACUGGUGUUCUUGUUCCAGGAUGUUUCAUGUUCUGGCUUCAUCAGUAAGUUCAAUGAACAACAACCCAGGAUGCUGCAGUUUCUAACAGACCUGGAGGAGGGGGCUGUUCAGCUAGACAAGAUGAAUAAGGGGGCAAAGAUCUCCAGUGUGGCAGGCAGCUCAGUGGGGGCAGUUGGAGGUAUACUUUCCAUUGUUGGUUUGGCAUUAAUUCCUGUAACAGCAGGAGUGUCUGUAGGUCUGAUAGCAGGUGGGGUGGCACUGGGAGUGACCAGUGGAGUCAACAGUGCUGUCACCACCAUCACAGAGAUUGGAGUAAACCGUACACAACAAAAGAAAGCUAGUGAAGUCUUUCAGAGAUUCAUGGAGGAUGUUCAGAGUCUCCAGGAAUGUCUGGAGGAGGUCAUGGGUCAAAUAGGCACCAACUUAGAGGCAAAUGACAUAGAAUUAGUUGUUGGAGUUGGCAAGGUGCUCAGUAAAGUUGGUACUGUUGGAAAAGGUAUUGAUUCGCUUGUUGACGCUGCCUCUGCCUUGAAGUUGUUGAACAGUGAGAAGGUGAUUGUAAGUGCUGGCAAGGUGUUGGCUCAGGAAGGCAAAGCAUUGCGCAACGUGCCCAGGGCGGCCUCAGAUAUCCCAGAUAUCGCUCAGGCAGCAGUCAGAGGGCCUCUUGCUCUUGGUAAGUCAGCCAGAGCAGGGUUCAUUGCACUCAAUGCUCUUUUCCUUGGCAUGGAUGUCUUCUUCAUCUGUAAGGAUGGCUACAGUCUGUCUAAAGGUAUUGAGACUGAAGUCUCGAAGUUCAUCAGAGCCAGAGCUGCACUUUGGAGCUCAGAGAUGGACGCAUGGAAGAAGAUCCAUGACUCCCUGUGCGAAGGUCAGAAGACAUCAGAGGAACACCGAGCCGUCCUGGGCCAGACAUUUUAUCCAGAGAGAGCGAUCAAGAAGAAUUAAUUCCUGUGCAAAGUUCUGCCAACAUCAAAGGAAAAACAAGCUGUUCUGGACAAUCCAUCUGAUCCAGAGAAGGUGAUCCUAAAGAAUUAAGACAAAAACGAUGAUGAUGAUGUGAAAACAAUAUAAAAAACAUAAGGUUGUGUAGUGCAGUAAUGCUGAGUGAGAGUCCUGUAUUUGUGGCAACACUCACAAUGUGUCUUUUCAAAAAUCUAACAGUCUUUAGAUCCAUUUUAUAUAAAUCCCUGAUCAUGUUCAAUCAUUCAAGUGUAUAUUAGCUUUGAUUCUUAUGAAGUAACAAUUUCACUGUCAUUUUUCGAUGAUUAUAUCGCCAGAAUGUCUGUUUAUAUAUGUAGCUUUCUUCAAUUAAGAUUACUUUAGUGUGUGCACAUGACAUUUAGUAAUAAAUGCUUUAACUGAUUAACAUUGUAUGUGAAAAUAAAUAUUAAUUGUUUGCUUUUGAGCUCAGAGCUUCCACUUGGAGCCACUUGUCCUAAAUAAUUUGAUUACUGAUCUGAAGAUAUACAUGACGUCAAUUCGUCCAUUCAUACCAGCUACCGGGUUCAAUGUUCAUUUUUUGUUUUACAUAACUUUACAUUUUAUAGGAGGGAACUGUGUACCUGUUAAGAUUUAUCUUUGAAGUGUUCUAUUGUUGCAGUGCUUUAAAUGUAUAAUGUAAUCUUGCCUCAUUUUCUGUAUCACCCAUUUAAACAUGUAACUUACUGUGUUCUGUAUCGCUGUCGAGAUUAAAAAGAUGUAUUAACGUAAAUAAAUCAUGAAUGAAUUUAAACUCUGAGCACACAUUUAACGCAUUUAACGUAAUA